UCAAUCUUUUACUGUGUCAUUAGCGAGGCAGCAUCGAGUACUCACCGGAAAAUGGACGCCGGAGCUGAAAUCGAUGUAAUUGAGCCGGUUGAGGACGAUUCAGCGGAGGAAACUGGUCCGGACCAAGACCACGGCGAAAGAUCUGAACCGUCUUCGUUGAAACAAGGGGGGAUUCUGAGAACUCUUGCGACGGUGGAAAAGGAUUCUCAGGCAAUCGCGGAGAGCUUUUCGUCUCUCUUUGUUUCUCUCCGAUCAACUCUCUCUGAGGCUACUGGUAGCUCGGUUGAUCACAUGAGUUGCUUUGGAGAUGCAGCAGGAAGGCUUCAGGAAAGUGCUUUAGAUGCAGCUACCAAAGGGAACCGUUAUAUCAACUCUUGCCUUAGAUUAAAUGAGGAAAUUAAAGGUGUUGAGAAUUUGGCGGCUCGGUUAAAGCACCUGAGGAGAAAUGUGGAUGUUCUUGACACGGCUGUGAACAAGCUGCUCCGGCCUCCAUGAAAAGUCAUCAGUUUUAGAGACUUGGAUCACUUUUUUAUUUCUUUCACAGACUUGGAUCAUUUAUUUCUCGUACAUAAAGGAUGGUUUAUACAUUAAGAAGAGAAACAACACUAUGUCCUUCAAGGGUCUUCUAAACAGUUUUAGCAGUGCAAAGCUUCAUAAUGGUAUAAUGCUUCAAACACCCAUCUUAACUUUGUAAAACUACUUGAAUCUCUAUAACGGUUUGGUUUAUCAACUAUCAAUUUAGUAGCUUCUAGUACCUUCAA